AUGCCCAUCCGCACCGCGUUUCAGUUCUAUUCGGACCUAAAUGCCCCAAGACUGAUCGAUCAGUUCUGCAUAUACGCCGCUAUCUUUCAUCUCAUAGAAAUACAGGAUGGCUUGAAGAUGCAGUUCAAGCCCUUCCUUCUGUUUGGCACGAUGUUACGAAGGUUUGGCCAGCAGCGGAAAAAAUCCCCGGGAUUCUGCGUCGGAUACCUGGCGGCCGUGGCAGCAUGCUGGGAGACGGAUCAGACCGAGUUUCCAAAGGCAGUGGCCACAAUGUUGCGGAUUGCUGUGUGUAUUGGAGCCGUGGUGGAUUUAGACGAGCUUGAAAAACAGCGCGCAACGUCAAUGGCAGUCAGGUGGAAGACCUCCGCUGACUAUAAGCUUCUUACGGCACUCUUGAGCCGCUAUCCAGGGGCAUAUAUAGCGUGCGUCACUGACGAGAGCGCCGCGACGGUGACGAUUUGGGAGAGCCAGGCAGCUGCUCUGGUGAAGGAGCUGGAGAGCAACGGGUUAGUUGUGAAGAGCACACAACUAAGGGGCAGAUUCCACCACUCAGAUCACACCUCAGUUGUGCAGGAAUUCUUGAAGCUCUGUCAAGAAGAUAAUCGAUUUCACCUACCCAAUGGAAAUCCCGCGGUAGGGCUACCACGGUCGAAUAUAGACGGCGAGGUACCUACGUUACAGUCACUGCUCUCAGUCGCAAACGAGUCCAUCUUGAUCUCGCAGGCAAACUGGAAUCUCACUGUGUCAGCUACUAUAAGCAGCUUGCAAUUGACGGAUGCUAAAAGCAUUGUUUCCAUCGGAGCGGGCCAAUGUAUCCCCCGCAAGGCCAGAGGUCGGAUAUUGCACACCGUUGAGCCACCUGACAGCCAUCACAAUACAAACACAACUCAAGACAGCGAUGUGACCACAAAUGCUUCACCAUUGACUGCCGGUUACGUCAAUGGUACGGGCCCAGCAGCAACCGCAACAACAGUGCCUAUUGCUGUCACUGGGAUGGCGUGUCGGUAUCCCCAGGCUGAUUCUAUGGAAGAACUGUGGAAGAUACUUGAGCAGGGCCACUGCACCGUCAGUCCAAUGCCAAAAAAUCGGUUUAAACUGGACGAACUCCAAAGAGAACCAAAGGGGCCAUUUUGGGGCAAUUUUCUCUCUCGUCCGGAUACCUUUGAUCACCGCUUCUUCAAGAUAUCCGCCCGGGAAGCAGAGUCGAUGGACCCGCAGCAGAGGCUAUUAUUGCAAGUUGCCUACGAAGCUAUCGAGUCGGCCGGGUAUUGCGGGCUGCGGGCCUCGCAGCUUCCUCAAGACGUGGGCUGUUAUGUCGGGGUCGGUACGGAAGACUACAGUGAGAACGUUGCAUCCCGCAACGCUACUGCAUUCUCGGCAACAGGCACGCUUCAAGCGUUCAAUAGUGGUCGAGUUAGCCACUACUUUGGUUGGACUGGCCCGUCGGUCACUAUUGAUACGGCGUGCUCUUCAGCCGCCGUGGCUAUUCACCUCGCUUGUCAGGCAUUGCAAACAAACGAUUGUUCCAUGGCCGUGGCAGGCGGAGUGAAUGUCAUGACGGAUCCCCGGUGGUCGCAAAACCUUGCCGCAGCCUCAUUCCUCUCUCCAACGGGAGCUUCUAAAGCAUUUGACGCUGAUGCCAAUGGAUACUGCCGCGGCGAGGGCGCUGGAUUGGUUGUUCUACGACCACUGGAAGCAGCACUUCGUGAUGGUGACCCAAUUCAUGCUGUCAUUACUGGAACGUCCGUUAACCAGGGGGCCAACUGCUCGCCGAUUACUGUUCCCGAUUCGAACUCUCAAACAACGCUCUACUUGAAAGCUUUGUCAAUAUCCGGAAUCAAACCCGAUGUUGUUACUUAUGUUGAGGCGCAUGGAACUGGAACCCAAGUUGGGGACCCGAUUGAGUUCCAGAGUAUUCGUAAGACUUUUGCAGUACCCCACAGAACGGAGAGGCUAUACGUCGGUUCAAUCAAGGAUAAUAUUGGACAUACUGAAACAUCUUCUGGGGUCGCUGGCAUGUUAAAGACGAUACUUAUGCUCCAGAAGCGCAGAAUUCCCAAGCAAGCCAACUUCACUCGUCUGAACCCAAUGAUUACUUUGCAAAAGGAGGAUCAAAUUUUCAUUCCCGUGGAAUCGACGGAUUGGAAAGCAGAGAAGCGAGUAGCUAUGGUCACUAACUAUGGAGCCGCUGGUAGCAAUGCUGCCAUAGUUCUACAGGAACCGACCUGUACAUCAAGGACGCCUAUCAGUGGUUAUCGUGAGUACCUGCCGUCUGUCAUCCCGGUCUUUGUUGCCGCUCGAACAGAAGAGUCCAUUCGCGAGUACUGCAAAGCCCUCCAAACGGCCUUCCUCGAGGCGCCACAGGUCAACAACGUUGAAGUGCAGGAUAUAGCGUUCAAUCUAGCCCGAAAGCAGAACAGGGACAUGGAGUACUCUGUCGCAUUCACGACUGCCUCGGGGAACGAUGCUGAGCUCCGGGAGCGCUUAGAAGACAUUGUCUCUGGCCGCACUAGGAUCGAAAAGAAAUGCCAGGCCGCACAUCCAGUGGUCCUUUGCUUUGGCGGACAGACCGGGAAUACAGCAAGCAUUUCCCAGAAUCUCGUUCAGAGCUCCGAGCUCUUGCGCUUUCACUUGUAUGCAACUGCAAAAGCCUGGCUUGAUUCUGGACUUCGGGUAGAUCGGAUGAUUGGUCACAGCUUUGGCCAGUUAACGGCCGUCUGUGUAGCUGGUGGCCUAUCGCUCUUGGAUGCCAUGCGUCUUAUAUCAAGCCGCGCCCAGCUUAUCCGCAGCGAAUGGAAAUCUGACACUGGUUUGAUGCUAUCGGUGAGAGGGGAAAAAGAGACUGUCCAAGCUCUGCUCGAUGCUGUGUCCAAUGCGGCCGAUAUCGCGUGCGUGAAUGGGCCAGAGAGCUUUGUGGUUGCUGGUGACGAGGCAACCAUUCACAAAAUGGAAAACAUCGCUGUCGAGAGAGGGAUGAAACUUAGGAUGCAGAGGCUGAAAAACACCCAUGCCUUUCAUUCCAAACUUGUGGACUCCAUCUUGCCGGGACUCACAAAAAUAGCCAGCACACUCAAUUACAGGCCGCUGCGCAUCCCUGUUGAGCCGUGCUCUGAAUUGGCGGAUGAUUGGUCGUUGCCCACUGGGGACAAGAUCGUGCAACAUUCUCGAAAGGCUGUGUAUUUUCACAAUGCAAUUCGCCGGACAAUUUCUCACAUGGAUAGUCCGUGCAUCUGGCUUGAGGCUGGAUCAGCGUCUCCAAUUAUUAGGAUGGUGCGUCGCGCCGUGGAUGCUUCGCCGUCACCUAGAGACCACGUCUACUGUCCAAUAGACCUAUCCGGUCCUCAAGCAGAGGAAAACUUCGCGAAAGUGUUCUCUUCCCUAUGGUCCAAGGGCGUGCAGGUGCAAUUCUGGCCGUUUCACGGCUCCCAGACCGGGUACAGGUGGAUCAACCUACCUCCGUACCAAUUCGCGAAAACGAGCCAUUGGAUUGACUACGACCCGAAUGCCUUCUAUUCUGACCCUCCAAAGAGAGAAGCCGGCCGUACGGACGAACCGAGUCUGGUGAAACUGCUGAAUAAUGAUGGAAAUGUGUACCUCUUCGGCGUCAAUGUUAACGACCCGCUGUUCCGCAUGUGCACCGCAGGUCAUGCGGUUGUCGACCAGAACCUGUGCCCUGCUUCUCUUUAUUUUGAACUGGUCGUCCGGGGAGCAGUUGCAGUUUUGCCAUUGGAGAACGAUCCUACGAUGUAUCACAUCGCCGGUCUCGAUAUAUCUGCGCCUCUCGUCCUCGAUAUGCCUGGUUCUGUGUUCCUGGAGCUGACACAGCGAGGUUCAGGCCCUGGACAAUUCACGUUUGUCUUGUUCACACGCGAUGGAAAUCAAGACUCGGUGGCUCAUGCUACAGGGAAGAUUUCAAUAUCAUCAGAGGCCAAUGAUAGUGGGAUAUCAUCUCGCUUCGGCUCGCUGAGACGGCUUGUCAAUCCUUCGCGCUGGGGUUUCAUCGCCACCUCCCCAUCUUCGAGUGGGCUGAAACGAUCCACAGUGUACCAAGCCUUUCGAAGGGUCGUCAAUUACGCUGACUACUACCGAGGUGUCGAGGAAGUCUAUGCGGUCGGCCAUGAAGCCACUGGACGAGUCUUAUUGCCGUCUUCUCCGACAAAUAAAGCCUCCUGCGACCCCAUCCUGAUCGACAACUUCAUUCAGGUUGCCGGAAUACACGUCAACUGUCUGUCGGAAACGCUCGAUGAGGAGGUUUUUGUCUGCAGUUCUGUCGGCGACGUAAUCAUUGGUGAAUUGUUUGUCAGACGGGAUCCUGGUGUUUCGGUGCCUUGGAUUGUGUAUUCAAGUUCUGAACGAGAGUCAAUGAAAAAGUCACUGUGUGAUAUUUUCGUUGUCGACGAGGCAACAGGAUCUCUUGCUCUUUGCAUCCUAUCUGCCACAUUCACCUGUGUCUCCAUCCAGUCUCUCAAACGAACUUUGACCCGAUUGAACAACAAAGCUCUUGCUUCGACGGGUGUGGAUGUGGUUGUUCCUGCUGUUGCAGUUGCACCCGCAGCUCCGGCCGCUUCAGCCGCAAUGCCGGAUUCUUCCAGGAGUGAAGAUGGUCUUCGUGUUGUGCAGGCCAUGCUCAGUGAACUACUAGGUAUCUCAGCCGGUGAGAUUCCGGCAUCUGCUGCCCUGGGAGAUGUCGGUGUCGACUCCUUAAUGAGCACAGAGGUCUUAUCAGAGAUUAAUAAGAGAUUCAAAGUCGUCAUCACAAACAGUGAGCUGACUGCAAUAGCGGAUGUGAGCGGUCUAGUCCAACGCAUCUUCCCAGGAGGUUCAGUGGCCCACGUUGAAACUCACAGCCAACCGCCCGAUAAAAUUGGCAUAACCACUGGGGAUCGAAUGCCACCACCUCGUGUACCGCCUCCCACCGUGAUACAGGAACAGAGUCUACCUGGGUUUGUGGAUAAAGCCCGCGAGCUGUUUGCUGCUUCACGCACGAGCAACGAGUAUCGCCAGAAGACCCGGUUCUUAGGGUUUUGUGACUCGGUUUUCCCUCAGCAGAUGGAGCUCGUUACAGUUUAUGUGGUGGCGGCACUCAAAGCGUUGAAUGUCGAUUUGCAAUCGCUCAGGUUCGGCCAGGCCGUCCCCUCUGUGGAAGUCCUUCCCCAGCACGGGAAAGUGAUGAACCAGCUGUUUGCUGUCCUCGAAUAUUCGGGCCUCGUUGAACGAAGGGGAACAGGCAUGAUUCGAGGUCACCGGGCAGUGAACAAAAGUACUGCGACCAUACUCCACAAGAAAAUUCUCAGUGAGCAUCCCCAACAUGCAUCAGAACACAAGCUCCUACAUACCACGGGGUCACGGCUGGCAGACUGUCUCAUAGGGGCAGCUGAUCCAUUAUCGCUCCUCUUUCAGGAUGCCCAGGCCCGUGCUUUAAUGCAGGACGUGUAUUCGAAUGCGCCCAUGUUCAAGUCAGCCACAAUGCACCUGGCACAAUUCCUUAAAGACCUGCUUGGCCAACGUUGCUUCCAAAGGAGAAUUUCAAUUCUGGAAAUAGGUGCUGGAACAGGGGGAACAACUGACUAUAUUCUGAAGCAACUCUCCUCAGUCGCAGGACUUACCUUUGAAUACACGUUCACGGACAUUUCCUCGUCUCUUGUUACGUUGGCACGGAAACGAUUCAAGACCUACCAUUUCAUGCACUAUGCAACCCUGGAUAUUGAACAAGACCCUGCGCCGGAACUACAAGGACAGUACGAUAUCAUCAUCUCGUCAAAUUGCAUUCAUGCGACAAGGAGUCUAGCCACCUCUUGUUCUAACAUCCAGAAACUGCUACGCCCUCAAGGAAUAUUGUGUCUCAUCGAGCUGACUCGGAAUUUGUUCUGGUUUGACCUUGUCUUUGGACUCUUGGAAGGAUGGUGGCUUUUCAAUGACGGACGCUCACAUGCAUUAGCUCAUGAGCGUCUUUGGGAUCAGACUCUCCGACAAGCUGGGUUUAACUGGGUAGACUGGACUGACAAUGACUCAGAAGAAUCCAAGAUCCUGCGCAUGAUCGUUGCAUCACCUAGUCAACCUGUUUUAUGCUCCCCAGGGGAAGCAAAGUCUAAUGCGGUUGCAGAGGAAACACUUGUCUACAGCAGAAAGGAUGGUCUAGAGUUAUGCGCGGACAUAUAUUAUCCGCAUGGACUAGACGGCGAGGACAGAAAACGACCAGUAGCCAUCUUGAUCCACGGCGGCGGCCAUAUAAUGCUGUCUCGCAAAGAUGUACGGCCGAUGCAGGUGAAAAUGCUCCUCGAUAUGGGCUUCCUCCCAGUCAGCAUCGAUUACCGACUGUGUCCGGAAGUGCCACUCCUGGAAGGGCCCAUGGUGGAUGCUUGUGACGCUCUAGCAUGGGCACGGCACGAAUUACCACAACUGCAACUAAAGCGCCCGGAUAUACGCCCCGAUGGCGGAAAUGUGGUCGCGGUCGGUUGGUCCAGUGGUGGUCACCUCGCCAUGACUCUGGCCUGGACAGCACCUGCCCGUUCAGUCCGAGCGCCAGAAGCUAUACUAUCCUUCUACAGCCCUACAGACUAUACAGACCCAUUCUGGACGAAACCAAACUUCCCGUAUCAGGAAAGCGUGUGCAUGUCCGACGUCCCCACUUCUGAUCCCCUACUUGCACUGCACGAUACAGCCAUUACCAGCUACAACCCAGCACCAGGCAAGGGGGUCCUCGGUGGAUGGAUGUCUCCUAGCGACCCACGGAGUAGAAUUGCGCUGCACAUGAACUGGACAGGCCAGACGUUGCCUGUGUUGUUCUACGGGUGCAAGUACAAGUCUCUUGCUGCGGCCGCUAAAGGUGAUGAAGUCCUCCUUCCAGCGCCUCACAUGAGCGAGGUGGAGAAGGCCUGUCCCCUGUCCCAGGUGCGUGCGGGACGAUACAAAACGCCCACAUUUCUCAUCCAUGGCACUCUGGAUGACCUGAUCCCCGUGCAGCAGGCGCAGCGGAUACAUCAGCAGAUGUUGGUUUGCGGCGUAGAGUCUGUCCUGCGAAUCGUUUCUGAUGGCCUACACUUGUUCGAUAUAAUCCCGCAUCUGAAAGAAAACAAGGAUGCGUCGCAGGCUGUUCUUGAUGGGCUUGCCCCCCAUAUUCCAACUGAUGAAUAUCCAAAUCCCCCUCCUAAACUUCCGAAAAUGGAUACCUCAUAUCCGAAGUGUCUAUAUCUUAUCUCUGGUGUACCAGUGAAAGCCCUGGAGAUAAUGAGUUGCUACGUGUUUCACCGAUGA